GCUGGGACGAGAAGCGGGAGUUUUGACGGGCGGGAGGCUCGGCUCCUGUCCCGUCCGCCGUCGGGCUCGCUGGGUCGGAGAAGGCCGCCAUGUCCGAGGCCUACUUCCCGGUGGAGUCGGGGGCUCUGGGGCCCGAGGAGAACUUCCUCUCUCUAGACGACAUCCUGAUGUCGCACGAGAAGUUGCCGGCCCGAACCGAGACGGUCCUGCCCCGCCUGGGAGCCUUCUUUUCGGAGCGCAGCGGCGGCGGCGGAGAAAGCGACCACGGCAUCCCUGAGGGCUCAAAAUUGGAAAUCCCUCUGUGGCUGGCAAAAGGACUUUAUGACAACAAAAGACGGAUCCUUUCUGUGGAGCUCCCCAAGAUCUAUAAAGAGGGCUGGAGGACGGUGUUCAGUGCUGACGCCAAUGUGGUUGAUCUCCAUAAAAUGGGCCCCCAUUACUAUGCCUUUGGCUCUCAGCUCCUGCAUUUUGACAGUCCAGAAAACACAGAUGUGUCUCAGACUCUUUUACAGACAUUUAUCGGACGUUUUCGCCGCAUCAUGGACUCCUCUCAGAAUGCCUACAACGAAGACACUUCCAGCUUGGUAGCCCGGCUGGAUGAGCUGGAGCGGGGCUUGUUUCAGACAGGCCAGAAAGGGUUGAAUGACUUUCAGUGCUGGGAGAAGGGUCAGGCUUCUCAGAUCACAGCUUCCAGCCUGGUUCAGAAUUACAAGAAGAGAAAAUUCAACGACUUGGAAAGCUGAAAGCACAAAGGACACCGUGGCUAUGGGGGACACUUAGAUAAUACUAAAGAUGAUUCCAGUGAGACUAACUGACCAUUUACAGAGAAAAGUUUUUCCUCCAUUUUAUCAAUUGUGUUUUGAAAUGCAAUUCUGGACGGGGAUUAUUCUGUUGGGGAAGGAUGGGUUUUGAAAGAAGAUGGCCCUUAGCCAGGCAGUCCGUCCACAGGGUGGAAAUUAUCUCUUGGCUGUUUUGCAGCCCAGACUUAGUUGUUCCAGGAGUUUACAGUAGCUUUCAUGGGUGUCUGCACAAAAAGCCUUCCAAGUAAGACUCUCUACUAUCCCAAAUUGCUGCUUACCUUAGAAUUCUAAGCACUUGGGCCUAAGGCCUUGGAACACUUUCAAGACUCCAUAUCUAGGAACUGCUGAGUGAGCAUAGGAAUGCAUCGUACCCAUAUUCAAAAAAUCUCACCACUGUUGCCUGAAGGUAAUUUUCUUCUACUCCUUAUUUUAUUUAAAAAAAAAAAAAAGCCAAUAC